AGAUUUUUCUUAUGUCACUCUCUAUAUGUUUAAGAAAUUCCAUGAUUCUCCUUAAUGCAUAAAGUUGACAACCUUUUGAAAUUACAAGAGCCUAGCUAUGUCUCAAUUUACUUAGCUACUAUUAUACUCUUUCCUUUUUAAUUUCCUCUUUCUUUCUACCUCUCAAUUCCUCUCCCCCAUAUAUUGCUAGCGCCUAGCGGUUAUGUAUAACAACUAGAAGAUAUUAGUCAUAGGAAAUGAAAGAGGAUUAGAUACAUAUGGAUCAAGAAAUCUCUAAUAAAGAUGAUUUCUUUCCAAGAAAUAAGCAGCAAAAUUACCAUGUUGCCACUGGCAAUAAUACGAGUGAUAGGCUGAAGAGAGAUGAAUGGAGUGAAGGUGCAGUUUCAUGCCUACUCGAAGCUUAUGAAGCUAAAUGGAUACUUCGUAACAGAGCUAAGCUCAAGGGACAAGAUUGGGAGGACGUGGCUAAACACGUGUCGGCGCGUGGUAAUUCCACGAAAUCUCCUAAGACUCAGACGCAGUGUAAGAAUAAAAUUGAGUCAAUGAAGAAACGGUACCGAUCGGAAUCCGCCACCGCCGCUGAUGCUUCUUCGUGGCCGCUUUAUCCUCGCCUUGACCUUUUGUUACGUGGAAAUAAUGCUUCAGCAGCUUCAACUUCUGUUAUUCCUCCUCCACCGCCGGCUGUGGUGGAACCGCCGCAGCCAGUGACAGUACUACCACCGCCACCUCCGGCUCCUGUCCCUCCGCCUCCUCCACCGCCGCCGCCGAUGGCUGUGCCAAUUGGGAAUGGUGGUCAGAAUUCGAAUGGGUCUAAUGGUGUUGAUAGAGCUGCAAAGGAAGACACAAUGGAUGCCAAAUUGUCGGACAAUGCAGCAAUAUCAGACAAAAAUGCAAUGGAUACAAACAGCAGCACACCGGCCCUCUACAGCGACGACAAGAGCAAGUCGAAGAAUGUGAAAGUGAGAUCAAUGGAGAAAAGAUCAAAGAACAAGCGAAAGAGGGCGGAAGGUUGGGAAAUUGGGGAGAGUAUAAGAUUGCUAGCAGAAGUAGUAGUGAGGUCAGAGCAAGCAAGAAUGGAGACAAUGAGAGAGAUUGAGAGAAUGAGAGCAGAAGCUGAGGCCAAAAGAGGUGAAAUGGACCUCAAACGAACAGAAAUAAUUGCCAACACUCAACUUGAGAUUGCUAAGCUCUUUGCAAGUAUUGCCAAAGGAGUUGACCCUUCCUUGAGAAUUGGAAGAAGUUGAGAAAUAAUAACUAACGUUGUCUCCAUCUUUAAGAUUAGGACUAGCAGUUCCAUUUAUCUUAAUGAUGAUUUGUAUCUUAAAGAUCUUUACAAUAUCGAUCACUUCUUCCUUUGAAAAUGACAGAGGAAUAAUCCAUCAAUUGACCGUGUCUUAAUCUCAAACUAGUUAAAAUCGUGUCUAUGAAUCA